AUGUGAUAUUACUGGUUUUAGUAGAACUUGCAACACCUGCUGUAGUGAUGGCUCAGUUGAUAGAGCGUUGGCUUGGGGAGUGGAAGGUCUCAGGUUUAAAGCCCAACAGAGCACUAGCUGUGUCCUUGAGUAAGACACCUGGCACUAACUCCCAAGGCCCCACACUGUUGCUGCCCCCUGCUUCCCUCAGGGGAUGGGUAAAAAUGCAGAGAAUAAUUUCCCCAAUGUGGGAUCAAAAAAGUUCAAUUAUUAUUAUUAUGUGUGGAGGAUGUACUAGAUUAUGCACUACUGUCAUUUUUACUGCACUUAAAGUGAAAACAGAAUGGAUGGAGACUGUUUCUGAGAAUCUGGCACAGACCCACCAACUUGUCUCAGUUCUUUCUCUCCACAAUAAGGUUUGUGCCAUAGUCUGAUCAGAGUCCAGAACAUCGUGUGGCUGUAAGUAGAUGGUGGUGCUGUAGAAACAAUGAGUCACUCAUUGAGUCAAACCCAAUGAGUCACUCAUUUGUUCGAGGCAUUCUUAACCUGCUCUAAACAUCCUCAGUAAAGGCAUGAGAUGAAACUGGACAAGCAGCCAGCAAAGGUCCAGGUGCGGUGCUGAGGAGAGGUUCCAGUAUAGGGCAGAGCGCCUGGUUCACAGACACGUUGCCAGAGGAAAUGCAAGAGGAGGCUGCACCUGAACCGAACAUUAACCGAACAUCUGAGGCAGAGUGGAGCAGCAUCAGCAGACCAGUCGCCAGCUGCACUGUAUCCACACAGGAUCCAUGUGUCACCAGUCCAACUUCUCUUGCGAAGCCAACAGCAUGUUCAGUUCCUUUCCCUCCUCAGUCAGGCAUAAAGAAAUGAUAAAGACUGGACUUACUCAACUACCACCCAAACCUGCUUCUUUCCCCUGCAGCCCUGACCCUCCUCGUGCCAGCUCUCAAUAACAAGCUGAGACACAGCAAUGAGAUGUAUUUGAUAUAUUAAGUGAUGAUUUUUUUGCCAUAGUUUAAAAGGUGUUGGUUUAACGUUUGGGGAAACAACUAAAAGAACCAUUGUUAGUUUCCUUCCGUUUUUUGUUUUAUUAUUAUUAUUAUUGCACAUUCACACCAGUCGUAAUUCAGUGUUUUUUUUCCUACUGCGUGUAACAAUUUACAUAUCAGGAAGGCAUUUACUACAUUCCAUCUACCUUUCUUUACUAAAGUACAGAUAAGUUAAUUGAAGGUAAUAAAUUGUUACAUAAAAUAAUAACGCCAGCUCCGUAGUUCCUCUCUCCGUUUGUUGUCAUAACAGUUCCGUGUUCCUCCUUUCGUGUUCGUGUGCGCUGCUCUGCUAUCGAUUGCUUUCCCUGCCGCCCGUCUGUCACGCAGACGCUGCAGCUGCAGUCGGGGUCUGAUGUGUAACUUCCUGGUCGGGCUCUUCUGGACAGGAAUAACUGGACGCGGUUUGAGUCCUGUGCUACCGCAGCUCGCGCUUGUCUUCGCGGGUUAGUUCAGUGGUAGUUACGUGGGGAUUAGGGGGGACGUAUUGAAUAUAGAGUAGCCGAGGUAAGGCUCCUCGCCGUCAAAGUUAGCUAACAGGCUAACGCUAACGCUCGGGCUCUGUGGUGCUUCAAGUAGUCAGCCAUGUCCGCGUCGACAGGAUGCUCCCCGGCGGGCCAGAGCUCGGGCCUCGGACCCGGAAUGUCCAUGUUCCGGUGGCUCGAAGUCCUGGAGAAAGAGUUCGACAAGGCCUUCGUGGACGUCGAUCUCUUGCUGGGAGACAUAGACCCAGAUCAAGUCGACAUCACGUACGAGGGCCGUCAGAAGAUGACCAGCCUCAGUUCCUGUUUCGCUCAGCUGUGCCACAAAACCCAGACGGUUUUUCAGCUGAACCAUAAACUGGAGGCUCAGCUGGUGGACUUGCGUUCUGAGCUGACCGACGCUAAGGCUGAGCGGGCAGCUCUAGAGAAGGAGGUCCACGAUCAGCUCCUGCAGCUUCACACGCUCCAGCUGCAGCUCCAUGCCAAGCAAGGCCAAGCUGAGGACUCUGACACCAUUAAAGGCAGACUGCCUGCACCAACAUUGGAACUGAUGGAACAGGAGCUCGAAGCUAGUAAGAAGGAGAAGUUAGCAGAAGCUCGGCUGGAGGCUGAAGUGCGGCUCUUUAAGAAGGAGAACGAGGCCCUUCGCAGGCACAUGGCAGUACUGCAGGCCGAGGUGUAUGGAGCCCGGCUCGCUGCCAAAUACUUGGACAAAGAGCUUGCUGGCAGGGUGCAGCAGAUCCAGUUACUGGGCCGCGACAUGAAAGGGCCGGCACACGACAAGCUGUGGAACCAGCUGGAGGCAGAGAUUCACCUGCACCGCCACAAGACUGUGAUCCGAGCGUGCAGAGGACGCAACGACCCUAAGAAGCCGCUCCCCUCCCCUGUGGGGCAUGACCCAGACAUGCUAAAGAAGACCCAGGGAGUCGGCCCUAUCAGAAAGGUGGUGCUGGUCAAAGAGGACCACGAGGGGCUCGGAAUCUCCAUUACAGGUGGCAAGGAGCACGGCGUUCCCAUUCUAAUUUCAGAGAUCCAUCCAAGUCAGCCUGCGGACAGAUGUGGGGGUCUUCAUGUUGGAGACGCUAUCCUCGCUGUGAACAGCAUCAAUCUGCGAGACGCCAAACACAAGGAGGCUGUCACCAUCUUGUCCCAGCAGCGAGGACAGAUCGAGUUCGAGGUGGUGUACGUGGCUCCAGAGGUGGACAGCGACGACGAGAACGUGGAGUAUGAAGACGACAGCGGCCAUCGCUACAGGCUGUACCUGGACGAGCUGGAGGACAGCAGCACGGCGCCACCUAGCAACAGUUCCGCAUCGCUGCAGGCUCUGGAGAAGAUGACACUGAGCAACGGAGCAGAGAAUGGAGACGCUGGCAUCUCCAGUGAGACGCCCUCAGAGGAAACCCCUUCAAAAGCAGCCGAGGCCGACGGCUCCUCCUAGAGGCUCAGAGUGGGACUGUCUCAGACCCUGACCUACGGACAAGGGAAUAUCAACACAGACGUGUUUUCCCUUUUCCUCUAGAUGUGCAGGGGUGUGGCGUUGGGGUUUAGCUUGGGCAUGUGGCAAUGAUUGGGGAUGAAGCAGUGACAUUGCUUACAGUGUUUUUAGAGCAUUUAGUUGCUGCGGUUUCUGCAACUUUCUAACGACCCCGGAAGUGGUCGAACACAGAAAUUAAAUUUAAAAAAAAGUUUUUAAUGACCAUUGAUGUGAAAUUAAAAAACUCUCAACUAAUGUAUAAAUACUGUAAUAUUCUAAGGAACAUGGACGUUUGAAAGACUGAAUUUUCUUCUAGCUAUGCAUUUAACCUGACCGUUCCUUUUCUGGUAGAGCCCUCAUUUAGUUUGGUGUCUGCGAGUGUGGUGUAGAACAGGGUUGGACCGUCUUGUCCCCAACCUCUGGAAGAGGUAUCAUCGUCCUCCAGCAGGCAGCAUUCAGUAAAGCAAAGUGGACAAGGCCAUGCAGCUGUUUGAAACAGCGUCUCUUCUAACAUUCUGCCCCGAACUGUCCAAGAACUUGUAAUUACUGCAGUGACUGCAGCUUGUUAUUUUAGCGUGUGGCUGCCCUGUGCUGUGUCCUAUUAAUCAGGUGGUGGCUGUAGGGUAGAUAUUCUCUCAUGGUCCCAUCACACAGUGACACUAUGACCUCACAUCCCUGAGAACAAGCAUCUUUUCAGUGUGGGUCUUUCUUACACGUAUUCUUUUAUGUUUUGGAUUUUUAAUGACGAUUACACGUCAAAUCCUACACUCCUCUCCAGCGUCCCUGGCAGAGGCCAACACCUGAUGGCGCCCAGCUGUUUGUCAUGUGUGAAGUGCACCUCUAUGAGUAAUGUGUUUGACCUAAACCGUUUAUUUAGCCUUUAAAUAAAGUUUUCUUCUGAUUUGGUUUGUAA